UAAAGAAGAAAAAAACAACUCUUGCUUCCUGGAACAAAGUUUCUUUCGCUUUUUCUUUUGAGUUCUGAAAAAUUGGUCCUGUUGAUUUGACAUGAACAGCACUCCCCAGUUCCCGAGAUAAGGCACCGGGAAACCUUGUAAGGAAACAGUGAUACAGCGUGGAGAAGACCCUUCUGCCUCAGCAACCCCCGACAACCCCGAUUAACCCUAACCUAAUCAUGGGACAAUUCACAAUGGCCAAUUAACCUACCUGAGACUUUCCUGCAGUAGUUAAUCUAAAAGGCUGGAGAAGUCCAACUGGAUCUCAAAAUGAAUCCGAGCAUGGACCUGACAGAUAGAGGCUCAAGGGAGUAGAAGCCCAGUCUGGUGAACCCCUCCUCUGAUGAUAUACACACACUACACCAAGACUGGUUGGACACUGAGGUGUAGUCCAUAAGACACUGGAGCAGGACAGCAGAGAAUGUUGCUUGGGAGCUGAGCCGAGCAAUUGAACAGGGGGACAAAGAAACUGCGAUGAAGUGUGUGGAGUUCCUGGCUGAGCGACAUGUGCCCAUCAACGUCCAACUCAACAAAUCUGCAUACCAACAGCAAGAAAUUAGGUUAAGAGUUGGUGUGGAAGACUGGUGGACGAGUGGUACAACCAUCACAAUGAACGUGUUUCCUUACACGACUAUUGCAAUGCUGAAGACAAAGAUGCAUAAAGACUACAGUUUCAGUCCUAAACUGCAACAGUGGAUCAUUGCACAGCGCCUGGCGAAGGACCACGAAACUCUUUCCUUUCAUGGCAUCAAAAAGGAUGGGGAUACGGCCUACCUGUACCUUUUGACAGCCAAGCAGGUCGCACAGACUGACCCUGUGCAGCUACCAGCAGAAGCACCUCAGGUGGCUACUGAUGAACCAAGACCAAUUAGGGAGCAACUUCUCCCAGUGUUGGAAGCGCGUGGCACCGCAGCACAGUUGAAUGAAGGACGGUGUUUGGCAAAAGCAGUGCCUCAGAUUGGCUGGAACUGUCCAGGAUGCACAUACGUCAAUAAACCAACUCGUCCGGGGUGCGAGAUGUGCAGCACGGCCAGGCCAGAUGACUACCAGGUUCCCAACACCUACAAACCUGACCAGGAAGAACUGCAGAGGAUGAAAGAGGAAGAAGCAGCUUUCGAACAAUAUGAAAAAUCGAUGGUUCUCGAGCGGCAGAAGAAUUACCAGCAGAUGUUGGAAACAGAUGAUCAAAACCUGGUCUCAGCAAGUGAGGAGUUUGAUUGCCCAAUUUGUUUCACUUCGUUGGAGCACGGGAAGGGAGUUACUCUUCGAGAGUGCCUACAUUCCUUCUGCAAAGACUGCCUGAAGGGAACGAUCCUGAACAGCACAGACGCUGAUGUGACGUGUCCAUUUAUGAACGAGUAUUACUCUUGCGAUAGCAAGAUCCUUGAACGCGAGAUAAAAUACCUCCUAUCAGCGGGUGAGUAUCGCAGCUACCUGGACAGAAGCUUAGCGAUUGCCGAGAACUGCAGUGAGAACAGUUACCACUGCAAAACCCCAGACUGCAGGGGCUGGUGUAUCUAUGAAGACGACGUCAAUGAUUUUCACUGCCCCCUCUGUAUGAAAAGUAACUGCCUGAUCUGCAAGGCUAUACAUGAAGGGGUAAAUUGCAAGGAAUACCAAGACAACCUCAGAAUUCAAGCUGAAAUUAAUGAAGCUGCAAAACAAACUGCGGAGAUGCUCAAGAGACUUCUGGAUCAGGGGGAGGCUAUGAAUUGUCCUAAAUGCAAAAUUGUACUGCAGAAGAAGGAUGGAUGUGACUGGAUACGCUGCAGUAUGUGCAAAACAGAAAUCUGCUGGGUGACAAAAGGACCUCGCUGGGGACCUCUGGGGGCUGGUGACAUCAGUGGAGGAUGCCGUUGCCGUGUCAAUGGUGUACCAUGUCAUCCCAAAUGCCAGAACUGCCACUGAUUCCCUGUGUACUAAAUGCCACACCAAUGUACCCGAGACUAGAUUCUGCUGGACAAGUAUCCUCAGCUCUGAAGGAAAUUAAAACCAUGGCAACAUUCUAAUUUGUUGGAAUCCAGAUAAACGCAAGUCUAAUUUGAAAGUACUGGCUUCGAUAUUUUGGGGGAGAAAACCUUUUACUGCAUCCGAAUAAUUAUAACUAAGGAUUUCCAAAGCAUUAUUUUCUUAUAUCUCUGUAACUGACUGAAGCAUCUCAUACAAAUGCAGUGGCAGAGGUCGGGGAAGAACAUGGAGCACAGUGACAUUCCCAGCCACUUGUACUAAAGCUGAACGACUGGCACCAUGAACUAGAUACUGAACUUGUGAAGAGUUAUCACUGUCCACCAGGAGCAGAGUGCAAAUUAAACAGGGAUGCACAGGAUGAAGCAUCUUGCCAUUAGUAGCUAAGAUUCAAAGUGAGAUGAGGUGGAGGCAAUGUAUACUGCCAGUUCCCAAGCGCCAAGUUGGUGACCUUGUAGUUGGGAGUUAAGGAAUUCAAUUAUAAUAAUGUAUUAUAUUUUAAAAAAAGCAAGGUGAUUGGUCAGUUUCAUUCCUUUAAAUCGUGGGAAAAGUAAGUAAGUCCCAAGAAUGGAGUUAACAUGCUUUUGUGGAAACUCUAGAAAUGUACCAAGUCAUGGAAGGCACAAAGCUGAGAUUCAGCACACAUUUAAAAAUGGAUUUUCCUGUUUCUGUCAUUCUAAUUCACUUCUGAACAUGUAUAAUUCCAAUCUAAUAAAGAAACUCUGAAAUGC